AUGCCUGCCACUACGCGUCACGCAAAGAUCGCAAAGAUCAAGGAAGAGCCAGACACUCACGAAGCCUCCAAGUUCCUGGAAACAAAGCCAUCAGCAACCCCUUCUCCCAGCUCACCACCAUCCAAAUCCACAGCAGAACCCACAACAACAAAACGCAAAUCCAGAGACACCCUCAUCCAACCUCCAUCAACGGCCCUCCCAACACCAUCCCUCACCUCACCCUCCAUAAACUACACCUACGCCAUCGCCCGCGGCGAACAGGGCGUCCUAACUUACGAGCCCUACAAAUCGCUCAUCCUCCCCUUCUGGGCCUUCCGCACCGUGCCUAUCGCCCAAGCAAGUGCCUCCGCUCUCAUGUCCAUCUUCCACUCCUACGUCGCUCGAGGCGACCUCGUCGGUGCAGACAUGACGCGCAAGUUCAUCCAGAUGGGCAUGACGCGGGCGCGGCGGUAUGCGAAUCACAAGGGAGGGCGGAAGUAUGAUGCUAAGACGGGCGAGGUGUUGGAGAAGUGGUCCGGGGAGGGCGUUGGAGGGGAGGAGGGGAGGAAGAGGAGGGAGAAGGAGGAGGCGAGUGAGUUGUUUAAGGGGUAUUGGCGGAGGUGUAUUGAGGAUGAGGGCUAUCUGGCGUUGAAAGCGAGGUGGCAGAGGGAGAAGCAGGAGUGGAGAAGCGAAGGAAAGUUGGCGGCGAAGGAAAUGAUAGCGAGGAGACGGUUGUGA